AUGAGCAACUAUGGCCGCUUCGGCAGCUUCGAGCUCAACAGUAUCUUUCGUGGGGCUCAGUUGACGGUAGUUGGUGCCAAUAGAGCUCUGCAAAACCCCGGCAUAUUCACGAGUGACCACUAUCGACAAGCGGCGCUCGCCGUAGCAGCUGGAAUUGCCAUCCGGCUGCUCGUUGCCAUUCCGACAUUGGGAAUCCGCUUUCUGAUCCGCUUUCUCGGCCUCUUUGCCAACCUUCAAGGAUCGACAUGGGACGAGGACAUCAUCGAAGGCGUAGAGUUCAUCGAACACUCCGUCUUACAAAUCCCGUUCUUUCUCAUGUCAUUCAUGAGGUAUCUCUCGCCUACCAUGGACAUAUUGUUCAUCGACUCUCUAGACUGGGUCGACCGAACCUACCUCAACAAACACAAAAGCGAAGAUCCUUCGCAUCUCCGUGACAUGUAUGCGCCAAACCUGCGCAUGUAUUCGCAGCACGGAGAGACCGCAAAGAAGAAGGAUCCCAAACAGGCAAUGGUUGCCUUUCUCAUGCGAUUUGGGAAGAAAGCGAUGCUUUCAUUGGGCAUCUACCUUCUAUCUUUCUUGCCAUAUGUGGGUCGCUUUGUACUGYCGGCGGCGAGUUUCUACACGUUCAACAAGUCCGUUGGAUGGCAGCCCGCUGUGCUCAUCUUUGGCAGCUCCGUCUUUCUUCCCAAGAGAUACCUUGUUAUGUUCUUGCAGAGUUAUUUCUCCAGCAGGAGUUUGAUGCGAGAGUUGCUGGAACCCUAUUUCUCCAGGAUCCGCUACACCUCUGAGCAGAAAAAGGCCUGGUUUCACGAUCGAGAGGGUGUCCUUUACGGCUUCGCAGUAGCAUUCUUCGUCUUUCUCAAGAUCCCACUUCUGGGCGUUCUCAUCUAUGGYAUUGCAGAGGYCUCCACUGCUUAUCUGAUCACCAAGAUCACGGAGCCGCCGCCACCACCCCAGGAGGCCGAGGAGUUCAAGAAGAAGGAUGUUAAAUGGGUCAACAAGCACGAGUUUCUAUCCCUGCCUCUGGAUGCAGUGGAUAUGCUCAACGUGAAAGUGRAGGAGCGCAAAACGAGUGCUACGAACACCGGUGAUAUUGGAAGCAAGAAAUUUUCCUGA